UGGUUGUUGGUUUUCCGUCCAAUCCUCAUGUAUAAUUAACGGAAUGAUACGUUUUUGUUGUAAUAAAGUAUCAACAAUUUCCCGCGCUGUAUUUUUUAAAGUUAACAAUAAAUCUUUUACAUGUGAUUAAAUUUAGUAAUAAUAUGAACUUGCGUGUUUACUAUUGAAAACUUACUGAAAGUUACACAUUAGCUAAUAAUAAAAAAUGGCUAUGCAAUCAGCCAAAUCAACUUGUAUAGUUGAAGCUGUUGAAGAAGAUAAUGAAGAAUAUGGACCUCAACCAAUAUCAAAAUUAGAAGGACAAGGAAUUACUAGUGGAGAUAUUAAAAAACUUCAAGAAGCUGGUUAUCAUACUAUGGAAUCUAUUGCAUUUGCUACUAAAAGACAUCUUAUUACUAUCAAAGGAAUAAGUGAGGCAAAAGCUGAUAAAAUUUUGGAUGAAGCUUCAAAAAUGGUUCCGAUUGGCUUUACUACAGCUACAGAAUUUCAUCAAAAACGUUCAGAAAUUAUUUUGUUGACUACUGGUUCCAAAGAGUUAGAUCGUUUGUUAGGAGGUGGAAUUGAAACUGGAUCCAUUACAGAAAUUUUUGGCGAGUUUAGAACUGGUAAAACACAAUUAUGCCAUUCAUUAGCUGUUACUUGUCAGCUUCCUAUUGAUCAAAAUGGUGGUGAAGGAAAAUGUUUGUACAUUGAUACAGAAGGAACUUUCCGACCACAACGUUUACUUGCUGUAGCUGAACGUUAUAAAUUAACUGGAAGUGAUGUACUUGAUAAUGUUGCUUAUGCAAGAGCAUACAAUACUGAUCAUCAGACUCGAUUACUACUGCAAGCUGGCGCCAUGAUGGUUGAAUCCAGAUAUGCACUUUUGAUUGUAGACAGUGCAAUGGCUUUAUAUAGAACUGAUUAUUCCGGUAGGGGAGAAUUAUCUGCUAGACAAAAUCAUCUAGCAAGAUUUCUAAGAAUGUUGUUGCGUCUUGCUGAUGAAUUUGGUGUUGCUGUUGUUAUAACUAAUCAAGUAGUGGCACAAGUAGAUGGUGCAUCUAUGUUUGCUGCUGAUCCCAAAAAACCAGUUGGGGGAAAUAUCAUGGCACACGCAUCUACUACAAGACUUUAUUUACGUAAGGGCAGAGGUGAAACAAGAAUUUGUAAAAUUUAUGAUUCCCCAUGCUUGCCUGAGUCUGAAGCAAUGUUUGCAAUAAAUGCAGAUGGUAUUGGUGAUGCCAAAGAAUGAUUAUACUGUUGAAAUAUUUCUAAGACUAAUCAUAUAUAAUUUGUUCGUAUUAAUUAUUAUAAUUAGAUGACUGCUAAACUUAAGUUUCAAGGAAAUUUAAGAUGUAUUUUACUAAUUAUUAUUCAUCUAGAAAGAUGUAAAUCUUAAUUUUUUUAUAUAUAAUAAAAGUAAGAUAUAUUUAUAAAGAGGGUGUUAUAUUAUUAUAUAUGUAUAAAUUAAUAUUAUAUUUGUAUAGUUAGCCUUCUUAAGAUAUCUGUAAAUUUUAAAUUACUUACAUGUAUAUUGCAGCA